AUGCCGCUUCUGCCUGCGUGGGCUGUUCCUCCAAAGGAAGGAAAUAUGUGGAGAGAGCGGUUUUUCCAGGGUCGCCCGACAGGCGGGAUUUCGCUGUUUGAUCUGGCGCUUUUCGUUGCUCUUGGACUGUUGGUUUUCGGAUCCCCUGGGCUUCACGCGCAUGCCACUACAAACCCCGAGGGCGCUACAGGAGGACUGGCAGCGCCAGCGCCUGGCCCGGAAGCAGUGGUACCAUUCCUGGCCAAGCCUCCUACAUACGCUGUAGUGGCUGCUCCAGCUGUUGUUUCUCUAACGGACCUGUUCACAGUUUCACCCUUCGCAGCGCUGGAGAUCCCUACAGAAGGGAAGGCUCAUGAACCGCGUCCGGUAGAGCCAUCAACAGAAGCGUCGGGGUCGCCGCCUCCUCCUCCCCCUCCUCCUACGGGCGUGAAGCGGGAAGACUCUCCAGGGGCGCAAGCGCCUCGUGGAAAUACGGCUGCAGUGCCGCCAUUCCUGAAGCUUGGGCUAGCCGCUGCAGCUGCCAGUGGCCUCUCUGAAACUUUGCGUCGGCUCGGGGUCUCUCCAGAGCUUCUCAAGGUACCUGAUCCCUCGGGAACCUCCGGCGUCUCGCCAUCCUCAAGCGAGUCCCCUUCAACCAGUGCGCCUCAAACAACGACGGCAUCAGGUGUCGACACCGCAGUGCAGAGUGGCCCUAGCGGACAAGAUGCCGCGGUAACUGUUGUGGCAGCAGAGCAGCGAGAUCUGAGACCUUCCCCUCGGGCAUAUCCAGUUCCUGUUCCAGUUCCCUAUUUUCCGGUAAUGUAUCCGGGACUGGCAGCUGUCCCCGUUGCCCCAGUGGUCUCGUACCCUGGUGGACGUUACGCGGUUCCUCCUCCUUUCCCCCUUUCACCCCCCGUGGCGGGGCCGACUCUUCCGCCUCAGGUUCCUGGGUUCGCGGCAGUAGCUCUUCCUGGCGUCCCCGUUGGAGCGCCAGUUGGGUACGGGGUUCUUCCGGCGGUCCCCGCAACAGUUACCGUGCAGCCAGCAGUCGCCGCCAUGCCCGCACAGCAAGUUACAGUGACAGUCCCAACGUACCUGACAGCGCUUCCCGCAGUUGCUACGGCCGUUGCCCCUGCGGCGCGGUGA